GCAGCCAGCUUUCGGUUUCCGUGUGUGUCUCCAUCUUGCCUGCGCAGACGGGACAACCGGAGCGAAGUCUCGGAGAUCUGAGCCACCCAGGCGCCACUUGGGGCAAGACGGGUCUGGAUUUGCGUGGGAGGGGCAAGUUCGCUUGAACAUUAACAAAGGAAUGCUGUAAAACAAAGGCCACUGUUACUCACAGGAAGUUCUGGUGGGCUGGAAGUGAACUCAAGGGCUCAAUAAAUCCUUUCAGAGUGCCUCUACUACAAGAACUCUGAAAGAGAUGAAGAAAGCCCUCCGAAAUGAAGUGGACAUCUCAUGGCACACGGAGCCCUGCUGAGUGGCUAGAAGCUGGGGAUGUGGCCGAGAACCUGGCUCCACCUAACGUCAGGGACCUCCUGGGCAGCUUAAGUGAGAGGGGCCAGCUCUCGGUUGCUACCUUGGCGGAACUGCUCUACCGAGUGAGGCGCUUCGAUCUGCUCAAGAGGAUAUUGAAGACGGACAGAGCAGCCGUGGAGGCCCACCUGUGCAGAAACCCUCACCUUGUUUCUGAUUAUAGGGUGCUGCUGAUGGAGAUUGGUGAGAAUCUGGAUAAAUCUGAUGUGUCCUCGUUAGUCUUCCUUACAAGAGAUUAUACAGGCCGAGGCAAGGUGACCAAGGACAAGAGUUUCUUGGAUCUGGUGAUUGAAUUGGAGAAACUGAAUCUGAUUGCUUCAGAUCAAUUGAACUUAUUAGAAAAAUGCCUGAAGAACAUCCACAGAAUAGACCUGAAGACAAAAAUCCAGAAGUACAGGCAGUCUGGCCAAGGAACAGGAUCAAAUUAUAUGAAUUCUCUCCAGGCUUCUCUCCCAAACUUGAGUAUCAAGGAGCCUUCAUAUACUUCAAGGCUCCAGAAUGGGCGAAGUAGAGAACAAAGAUUUGUGGAGCACCGUGGCGUUCAAAGAAAACCAGUGAAGACGUCCAUUCAGGAAUCGGGAGCUUUUUGGUCUCCGCACAUACACGAGGAGAGUUACAGGAUGCAGAGCAAGCCCCUGGGAAUCUGCUUGAUCAUCGAUUGCAUCGGAAAUGACAAAGAAUAUCUACAAGAGACCUUCACUUCCCUGGGCUAUCAUGUCAAGGCUUUCUUGUUUCCCAGUGCGGAUGAUAUAAGCCAGAUUCUUCACCAAUUUGCCCUUCUACCUACACACAAAGACUAUGACAGCUUCGUAUGUGUUCUAGUGAGCCGAGGAGGCUCCCAAAGCAUGAUGGGCGUGGACCAGGCUCACUCGGGGUUCUCCUUGGAUUGUGUCAAGAGGAUGUUCAUGGGGGACAUGUGCCCUUCUCUAGUAGGGAAACCAAAGCUCUUCUUUAUUCAGAACUAUGAGGUGUUAGGUGGCCAGUCGGAAGACAGCAGCCUGGAGGUUGACGGGCCAGCAAUAAAAGACUUGGACUCCAAGGCCCUGCAUCCUGACUCCUGCCUGACUCACAGGGAAGCUGACAUCUUCUGGAGCCUGUGCACAGCGGAUGCGUCCCAGCUGGAGCAACCCUCCAGCUCCUCCUCCGUGUACCUGUGGAACCUCUCCCAGCAGCUGAAGCAAGAAAGGAAACGCCCACUCGUGGAUCUCCAUGUUGAACUCAUGGACAAAGUCUAUGCCUGGAACAGCAGAGUCUCUUCUAAGGAGAAAUAUUAUCUGAGCCUGCAGCACACUCUGAGAAAGAAACUCAUUUUGUCUUCUACAUGACAACCAGAAGCCUUCCGGGUUCUUGGGGUGUAUGUAGGCCAGGGUGGCUUGGAGCUGACAAGCCUCUUGAUUGCUUGGGAAGGUCACACUUGCUCUGGUUCUAGGGUAAGCCCUGCUUCCUGAUUCUCCUGUAAACGGGCAACAGCCAUAACCCCUGCUGCUAUGGACCACGCCACUCCCGCCACCAUGCCUCCCCGCUAUGAGGCAAAGUAAACCUCUCCUCCUUAAGUUCCUGUGUCAGAUGUUUCCACACAGUGUGGAGAAUGAAUGGUAAGAUAUAAUCCCAUUGCUUCUUGGGUUUAUCUACCGAGAUAUAUUAAGUUAUUGUAAGGGUGAUAGUCUAUGGUUCAAGAUUUGAACUAUGACACUUGAAUGUAACUUAAGGA